AUGAUCACCGCGAAUGCGCGUGGACUACCCGGGUAAAGGCGCACCGCGCGCCUUUUCGGUGAAGCAAAAUUUGCUUUUUUUUGCGAGCCGUCGUAACGCAAGGGCUUUGAUUUUCUCACGCGCGCGAAGGAGCACAGCGUACAACUGCGAACUUUUUCUAUCAACACUCCGCCAUCUCCAAUAGGUAUUUCUCCGGGUCUCUUCCGCCGGCGAUAUCCUCCAAACCUGGCAUUCUCGGGGAUCUUUUUUUCGUCAUGUCGUCUACACAAGAUGGUUACCCGUCUGGUCGGAAUCCAGAUGAGGGAGAAGAGGGCACUUUAUGCGAUCGAGAGUCUCCUCUCUCUGCGAAGCGACUGUCCAAAGCCGAGAAAAAACAGCUUCGCCAAGCCCUCCGCGAGGCCCAUUGGAAAACGCACGCACCCAAAGAACGAGAAAAUCGACGCAGAAAUCGGUCCGCGCGUAUAUCUGCUAUGAAGGCUGCUGGGAAAGACCCCAGUGUAGAACUGCCUACUGGAAAAAAAAACAUCUUCUACUUGCGAAAGAAACGGCCAGUUGACCAAAUUGUCUUUUCCAACAUCCGUGUCGUCAUCGAUCUGUCGUUCGACCAUCUGAUGAAUGACAGGGCCAUCAAUUCCUUGGUCACGCAGGUAUCCCAGUGUUACGCGACCAACAGAAAGCUAGAAUGCCCGCUUCAACUGCAUCUCACUGGAUUCGGACAAAGAUUCCAGCAAAAAAUAACAUCUUUAGACGGAUUCGAAAAGUGGGCGAUCAAAACCCAUUCGGAGUCUUACCUAGACCUUUUUCCGCGCUCCGAUCUAGUUUACUUGUGUGACGGGUCCGAGAACGUCCUUCGAACCCUUGAAGCGGACAAGGUCUAUGUGAUUGGCGGAUUGGUCGAUCACAACCAACAUAAAGGAAUUUGCUAUAAUCUCGCGCUCGAAAACCACAUAGAAACUGCUCGACUCCCUUUGGAAGUGCUUUCCGAAAUGAAGGCAUGCAAGGUUUUGACUGUCAACCAAGUCUUUCAAAUUUUGUCGGAUAUGUCGGUGAAGACUGACUGGAAGGAGUGUCUGCAACUCGCCAUACCAAAAAGAAAAUACCCCAAUUCAGUGCAAUCCUACCCAAACCCUGAAAAGAAGUCUGAAGUUCACGUAGACACAUAGCGCGUUUUCGAUCCGACGGAUUCUGCGGGGAUUGGCGGGCUCGACCGGCGUUGUCGGAACCCAUCAGAGACGGAAAGACAUCACUUGCAACUCGGACACCCUUCUUAUCGGAUUUUCAAAAUGCAGGGUUAGUCCACAAGCGCGUCAGAUAUGUCUCCCGGAAGAUGCUCUAGGCGAGAGGCUGGGCCGGCGUCCGAAUUGAAGAAUACGCAAAUUACAACUUGGUACAAAACGCCCUCUGUACAAUCCUUUCCGUGUAUUCUCACCAAAAAAAUAUUGGGGUUUGAGUCCAUACGCGUACAAUAAAGGGCAUCCGACCCUGUUGCUACC